UUCUUCCCCUAUUUCCCUGCAUUUCUCCUCUGUGCUCACUGCCACACACAGCUCAGCCUGGACUGCCCAGUCAGGUGUCACGUGCGUCUCUGCUGGUCUGAGUCUGCCUGCAGCAUGGACCCGUGUCUUCCCUGAAGCAUCUCCAGGGCUGAAGAGAUGACUGCCAUGGCCUUCGUGAAGUGAGGACAAACCAGACAGACAGUGGCUGGGGGUCAGGAAACACCCCAUUUCUGUCUGAACUGUCUACAGAGGGUCUGGUGCCUGCCCCCACCUCAGCUCUAAAGGAAUGAGAGCCAGGCUCCUGGGAAGGGCAGUUCCACUUCCUGUGUGUCUGCAGAUGACAAAACUCCAUGAGAAGAAUGACCCAGACUCUGAGUGUCCACACCCUGUGUGUCUCUCUGUCCUGCCAGCACUGGGGGCUCAACCAUCCGCAGAGCAGAGCAGUGGGAGGAGACGCCAUGACCCCCAUCCUCACGCUCCUGAUCUGUCUCGGGCUGAGUCUGGGCCCCAGGACCCACGUGCAGGCAGGGACCCUUCCCAAGCCCACUCUCUGGGCUGAGCCAGGGUCUAUGAUCAGCGAGGGGAGUCCUGUGACCCUCAGGUGUCAGGGGAGCCUUCAGGUUCAGGAGUAUCGUCUAUAUAAGGAAAAAAAACCAGCAUCCUGGGUUAGACGGAUACAACAAGAGCUUGUCAAGAAGGGCUAUUUCGCCAUUGCAUCCAUCGCCUGGGAACACACAGGGCAGUAUCGCUGUCAGUAUUACAGCCACAGUUGGUGGUCAGAGCCCAGUGACCCCCUGGAGCUGGUGGUGACAGGAGCCUACAGCAAACCCACCCUCUCAGCCCUGCCCAGCCCUGUGGUGGCCUCAGGAGGAAACGUGACCCUCCGAUGUGGCUCACAGGUGGCAUUUGAUAGCUUCAUUCUGUGUAAGGAAGGAGAAGAUGAACACCCACAAUGCCUGAACUCUCAGCCCCGUCCCCGUGGCUGGUCCUGGGCCGUCUUCUCCGUGGUCCCCGUGAGCCCGAGUCACAGGUGGUCGUACUGGUGCUAUGGUUAUGACUCACGCUCUCCCUAUGUGUGGUCUUUACCCAGUGAUCUCCUGGAGCUCCUGGUCCCAGGUGUUUCUAAGAAGCCGUCACUCUCAGUGCAGCCGGGUCCUGUCGUGGCCCCUGGGGAGAGUCUGACCCUCCAGUGUGGCUCUGAUGCUGGCUAUGAUAGAUUCUCUCUGUAUAAGGAGGGGGCAUGUGACUUCCUCCAGCGCCCUGGCUGGCAGCCCCAGGCUGGGCUCUCCCAGGCCAACUUCCUCCUGGGCCCUGUGAGCCGCUCCCACGGGGGCCAGUACAGAUGCUACAGUGCACACAACCUCUCCUCCCAGUGGUCGGCCCCCAGUGACCCCCUGGACAUCCUGAUCGCAGGACAGAUCCCCGACAGAUCCUUCCUCUCGGUGCAGCCGGGCCCCACGGUGGCCUCAGGAGAGAACGUGACCCUGCUGUGUCAGUCACACGGAUGGAUGCACACUUUCCUUCUGACCAAGGAGGGAGCAGCUGAUCCCCCUCUGCGUCUAAAAUCAAAGCGCCAAUCUCAUAAGUACCAGGCUGAAUUCCCCAUGAGUCCUGUGACCUCAGCCCAUGCAGGGACCUACAGGUGCUACGGCUCACGCAGCUCCAACCCCCACCUGCUGACUCACCCCAGUGAGCCCCUGGAGCUCGUGGUCUCAGGAGCAGCUGACACCCUCGGCCUGUCACAAAACAAUUCAGACCCCAAGACUGCCUCACACUCCCAGGAUUACACAGUGGAGAAUCUCAUCCGCAUGGGCAUGGCUGGCUUAAUCCUGGUGGUCCUCGGAAUUCUGCUAUUUAAGCCUCAGUACAGCCAGAGAAGCCUCCAAGAUGCAGCCAGGAGGUGAACAGGAGAGAGAAGAAUGCACCCUUCAGAGUGUUGGGGCCUUAGGAACAGAUCUGAUGAUCCCAGGAGGUUCCAGGAGACAAUUUAGGACCAAUGGUAUCUGGACUGUCUGCCGAUCAUUUCCAGAAGGAGGAAUCAGUGUUGGAUUGCAGAGACAUUUUCCGGCGUGAUCUGGCAAUAUACAGCAGAUAACAUGUGAUACCUUUCCUCUCUAUUAAUGUUGACUUCCCUUGGUUGGAUCCCCUUCUUUUCCCACCCCCAGACAUGAGGCUACAUUCCACACGGCAGCGUUGGGUCCACAGCUCUGCACACCUGCGUGCUCUGGUCCAUGGCGCGUAACACAGUCUUCUUUAUUCCUCAUUGCCACACUCCCUGGUGUGCUUUACUGAGCCUCCAUCUCUUCAGUUCAGAGUUCCAAACACGCUUCAGUAACUAAAUCAAUGGGGAAAUAUCGGAUUUCCACCAGGAAAAGAUAAAUCCACCCUGAUGCCCUGACACCCUCUCUGAACCCUGUGAGCCCUUCCCUCCUUCUCAGAUGCUACCUGUGCAGCUUCUCCUCAGAUCAUUGUGUCACCAUCACUGCCAUCCUGUUCCACACAUUGUCAUCACCCUACACCCAGUCAGCAGCCACUCCCCAUUCCUUCUUCCCUCCAGCACCUGCUAACCACGAGUGUGCUUUCUGUCUCUAUGGGUUUGCCUAUUCUUGCUGAAAACUUUUCAAUCUGCCUAUGAUCUGUGAGCCCCUCACUUCGAGAUUUCCUGCCUUUCCAGGCAGAACCAAAGUACACCAUGUCAAAAGCAAUGAUAGGCAUUUGCAGUGCGUUCGUGAUCCACGAAAGGAAAAUCACAGAAGUAGGAUAGAAAUCCAGCUGCAGACAAGACCUCAGGUCAAUGAAUCUUGUCAAGCAGUUGAACUGUUUCUUUCUACUCACCUAGGACAGUCAGACAGAAGUAUGCAAAAUGACUGGGGCUGAUUCUUUUCUGAAUUGUCCCAAAACAGCAAGACGACUUGGGUCCUAGCACUAAAGAGUUCAACAUGUCUAGGUCAAAGACCGCUGUUGUGUUGGAAGGAUGUAAAACCCUGCUGCACAGGACAGAAUGUUUGGAGGGAGGAUCCUGAGAAACACGAGGGAUCAAAUAGUCCUGAACUUUCUAGGGCAAAGGGAGCAGCCAUUUGCCAUCUACCGUGUAAAAUAAUGAAAUCUUAUCAUUCACCCUCUACUGUCUAGAAUAAAGAAAUCUUAUCGUUUGCCAACUA